UUCGUUAGAUUUUAGAGUUUCUCCGCUUCUGCCUUUUGGUGAACCAUUUGUAGCUGCUGUUGUCUCUCCCCCGCCGCCUCCAUCUCGAAGCCGUCCCCAUCCUCCGACGACAAUGGUGGCCGCUAAGAAGACCAAGAAGACCCAUGAGAGCAUUAACAACAGAUUGGCUCUCGUUAUGAAGAGUGGUAAAUACACUUUGGGUUACAAAACUGUUCUUAAAUCUCUCAGAAACUCCAAAGGUAAGUUGAUUAUAAUUGCCAACAACUGCCCUCCUCUUAGGAAGUCAGAGAUUGAAUAUUAUGCCAUGUUGUGCAAGGUUGGAGUUCACCACUAUAAUGGAAACAAUGUUGACUUGGGCACUGCCUGCGGCAAAUAUUUCAGAGUGUGCUGCCUCAGCAUUAUCGACCCGGGCGACUCUGAUAUUAUUAAGAGCAUGCCCGGAGAUCACUGAGCAACAGCGGACGACACAUCAUACUAGGUUUUGUUCCAAUUUAGUUUAUAUUUCUUUUGGGUUUCUGGAAACAUUGAUGUUAAAGGGAUCUUAUUCCGAAAUUUGGAACUUCCUUUGUUGUCUGACUUGUGUACUAGGAAUUGUGUGAGUUAAUUUCGUUUAAGAUUGUUGCUUAUACCAUAUUUUGUUUUGGUUUAUUCUGUAUUUGGAUGUUUGAUCCAUCUUGCCAUAAAUUUGAUCGUUUCUUGGAUUGGUGUGGGCAA